UGUUUUGUGAACCUACAUCAAGAGGUGGAAGGGUUAUUCUUUUUGGGAAGAAAAAGAGGCGAUGAGUCGGAGCUUGGGAAUUCCGGUGAAGCUAUUGCACGAGGCGUCGGGGCAUGUGGUGACGGUGGAGCUGAAGAGCGGCGAGCUGUAUCGUGGAAGUAUGGUCGAAUGCGAGGAUAAUUGGAAUUGCCAGCUCGAGAACAUCACUUACACUGCUAAGGAUGGGAAGGUUUCUCAGCUGGAGCAUGUUUUCAUCAGAGGGAGCAAAGUCAGGUUUAUGAUAAUACCAGAUAUGCUCAAGAAUGCUCCCAUGUUUAAGCGGUUGGAAGCGAGGAUAAAGGGGAAGAGUUCAGCACUUGGUGUUGGCCGUGGCCGUGCUGCUGCCAUGCGAGCUAGAGCUCAGGCUGCUGGUCGGGGAGGUGGCCCUGGCAGGGGUACUGCACCACCUGUGCGAAGAUGAUCGUAUCCCUUGCAAAGUAAGUGUAUUCAUGCCUUUGCCCAAUUUCCUACUUAAACUAUAGUAAGGAUUUCGGAGUCCUGAGUCGAACAUAGAGAGUUGGAAAGUGAUUUUGGCAAAUUGCUGUGAACCAGUGACUGAUAUAUAUUUUGUUUGCUUCACUUAGAACACAAAUAGUUUAUGCUGUUGUUAGUUUCAGUUGCUCUUCAAGUGCCUAAUUUUGGAUUGAUUUUGUCACCUGUUAUGCUACUUAUAAAUUAUAAAAUACACUAAAAUAGUAAAAAAUUUGAAUU